CGCGUCUGACUUCCUCCUCGCUGGUUCGUGGUCAUGUGAUGCGCUGCUCUGCGGAUCCUGUCUGGCAGCUGGUCUGUUACUGAAGUCGUCUAAAGUUUGUACUUGUGAGGUGUUCUUGCUUUUAAAGGAAGGCCGAACCAUGGCGGAUCUCGGGUUUGUGAUCGCCAUGUCCGUGGUGACCCUGUUCUGGGGCGUCGUCGGCGGAGUGGUGCCCUGGUUCAUCCCCAAAGGACCCAACAGAGGAGUGAUUAUCACAAUGCUGGUGUUGACUGCAGUUUGCUGCUACCUGUUCUGGUUGAUAGCAAUUCUGGCCCAGCUGAACCCACUUUUUGGACCCACUCUGUCCACUGAGAUCAUCUGGUACCUGAACCUUCACUGGCAGUAAUCUACUCUUCUGGGACACCUGACCAUGCAGAGAUCAUUCCUACUGAAUCGCCUUAAACGCAGACUCCUGUGUGAUUACUGAGUGAUCCUCCACACUGGUGCCUUGUACAAAAUGUUUCCCAAAGGACUUCUGAGAGAUCUCACUGGGUGUGCUUUACUUUAAAUUAAAACAACCUUCCCUUGUGGUUUGGUUUAUAUGUUAUGUAUAUCUGGUUUAUUGCUGUUGUUAAUAUGAAUGGAUGUGCCUUGUGAUGUGUGUUUGACGUGAUCUUGUUUUGUCUCAUGUUAGUGAUGGUUGUAAUGCAUUCGGUAGUUGUUAAUAAACCAAUAAUCAACACCA